AUGAGUAACAUCGAGUACACGUUGUUCUGCCUGGUGUCCGCAGUGACGUCGGCCAGCCGAGGAACCGUGAAAGCCAGCGCCAACUUUAACGCCAGCGCCGACGCCGAAGCCCUCUACAAGUCUAUGAAAGGCUUGGGCACCGACGAGGAAACCAUCUUGCAGCUGCUGACGUCCCGCAGCAACGCCCAGCGACAGCAGAUCACCGCCGCCUACAAGACGCUCUUUGGAAAGGAUCUGAUCCAAGACUUGAAGGGUGAACUGGGGGGGAAAUUUGAGAGGCUAAUCGUGGCGCUGAUGACGGCGCCCCUGGCCUACGACGUCACGUGCCUCCGCAAUGCCAUCAAGGGGGCGGGCACGGACGAGAAGGUUCUGGUGGAGAUCCUGGCCUCCAGGAGCGCUCAACAGGUCAAGGACAUCGUCGCCGCCUAUCGGCAAGAGUACGAUGACGACUUGGAGGAGGACGUCUCAGGGGACACCUCGGGUCACUUCAAGAGGCUCCUGGUCAUUCUACUCCAGGCCAACAGGCAGACCGGCGUCCAAGAGGCAAACGUCCAGACGGACGCCGAGGUCCUGUUCAAGGCCGGCGAGCACAAGUUCGGCACGGACGAGCAGACCUUUGUCACCAUCUUGGGGAACCGCAGCGCGCAGCACCUCAGGAAAGUGUUUGACGCUUACAUGAAGCUGUCAGGAUACGAGAUGGAAGAGAGCAUCAGGAGGGAAACGUCCGGAAGUCUCAGGGAGCUCAUGCUCGCCGUCGUCAAGUGCGCCAGAAGCAUCCCGGCCUACUUUGCCGAGACUUUGUACUACGCCAUGAAGGGGGCCGGAACCGACGACGACACGCUGAUCCGGGUGAUGGCCACUCGCGCCGAGGUGGACAUGUUGGACAUCCGAGCAGAGUUCAGGAGGAUGUUCGCGGGCUCUCUCCAUUCCAUGAUCAUGAGCGACACGAGCGGCGACUACCGCAAGGCUUUACUCCUCCUCUGCGGCGGGGACGACGCGUAA